ACCCAUGCAGGAUAUAAUAAUACGGUAUAAUUUAUGUGUUGAACUUCAUCUCUGACAAAGAAAGUAAACACUGGUAAGAUUUUGCAGUGCAUCAUGCAUUGUGUGAAGUACGUAAGAUAUUGGAUGUUGCAAUGAGCUUACAUAUAUACAAUGACAGCAAUAUAGUUAAAUAAUUAUAGGGGCCUGCAAACAGAUGGGAUAGUUGGUAUAUAGACCAUUUCAGGUAUAAGGGGGAUGUUUGAAUCCAUACACACACAUAAGGAAAUAACACUUUUAAGGAAAACAUCCUAAUUAGAUCUAGUUGCAGUUGGGGAAUUUUGGAACUAGAUCUAUAUACAGCUAUAAAAUUGGCAACCAGGCAGAAAAAAACAAACAGAAACAACACACAGCAAGCAAGCAAAUAGUCAACUCUUCAAUAAACAACAGUUUAUCAGUAAUACUGCAAAGAUGUCACAAAUCAGUCAAGCUUUCUUCAGUGCACAAAUGAUCACUCUCCUACUGUGCACUUUCAAUCUAUUCACUACUACAGCUGCUCCAAUACAACUAGCCGUUGACCCAGCCAUCAUCGAAACAGAAUUGAACACAUGGGCAAAUUUCACUUGUACUCUCUCCUGCGAAUUCAAAGACGACUUCAGGAUUAGAUGGUUUGCUGGAGAUACUACCCUCCGAGGCCGACUAAUUCGACAUGGCAACCCAUCAAGAGUUAUCGAAGAAGAUGAUACCUGUGAAACCCUCGGCACAGAAGGAAAAUUCUGGCAAAUACUGCGCAUUCGAGUGGAUUCGAUAGACCUUAACAAGACCCCCGUACAGUGUAUAGCCUCGCCUAAGACCAGGCAGAACACAGUCCACUUCAGCUCCUACUCUGUGCUGAAAGUAAAUGUGCCGGAUGUUGAAAAGACUGUACCUGACUGCCAUCAAACAGUACAAGUCAAUGAUGAGUCUGUGACAACAACUCCUCAAGCACAAACUACAAAGUCAUCAGAAUAAUCGGUCUAAAGCCUAUAAGAGUCCCAGCAAGCCCCUUUUCCAAUCUGAACAUUUUUAUCUUGAUGCAGAAGCAAUUAUCACAGUGUCUAUAUAAUCAUAAUUAUAGUGCACAUAAUUAUUCAUACAGUCCUUGUUGACUAUAAAAGAAUUGAGUUUUUCUGUUCAACCAUGAAUGAGUAUGAUCUUUUUAUACAAGACAAUCAUCUACAUUAUUAUCUACAUGCAUAUGAAUAAGCAUACAUCUUAUGUCUUACAAUAUCAUGCAGGGU